AUGGAGACAAACCAGGAAACCUCCCUCUUUUUGGUGAAGAUCUUGGAGGAACUGGACAGCAAGCAAAAUACCGUGUCCUACCAGGACCUGUGCAAAUCGCUGUGUGCGCGGUUCGACCUGUCGCAGCUCGCCAAGCUGCGGAGCGUGCUCUUCUACACGGCUUGUCUGGACCCCAGCUUUCCAGCCACGCUGUUCAAAGACAAGAUGAAAUGCACCGUGAAUAACCAGCAGUCAAAGAAGAUCAUGGUGGCGGCAGACAUCGUGACGAUAUUCAACCUGAUCCAGAUGAACGGGGGCGCCGCGAAGGACAAGCUGCCCACAGGCCGCCAGAAGGCACGUAAGAAGGAGGCGUCCUUCGAGUCCUGCCGGUCGGACCCAGAGGUGUGCGUGGCGGCUGAGUGCGAGCCCCUGCACUGCGAGCUCAGCGAGAGGCCCUUCAGCCGUGGCUACCCCACCAGGCAGUCGACCAAGUGCCGCAAGGUGGACUGCAAGGACUGCCCACAGUUCGUGCCCGCCUCCGAGCCCAACUUCCUGCUGGGGGUCAGCAAGGAGGUGAAAACCCGCGCAGCCUCCCUGGACAGGCUGCAGGCCCUGGCCCCGUACUCUGUGGCCAGCCCGCAGCCCUGCGAGAUGCAGCGGACCUACUUCCCCAUGAACAUCGAGAACGAGUCCGUGUCGGACCAGGACUCCCUGCCCAUCAGCCAGCCCAUCAACGAGGAGCCCUUCAUGGUCCAGUCCUGUGUCCAGAAACGGAACAUCUUCAAAGAGGAUUUUCAUAACCUCAUGGCCGUGUCCCCCAGCUUGGUCGGCCCUGUCAGCAAAGCGGACGGUGAGCCCCGGGAACCCCAGAAUCGAAAGGAGCCCCACAAGCCGCCCUUCUUCAAUCACAGCUUCGAAAUGCCUUACAACAGCCAGUACUUGAACCCGGUGUAUUCCCCGAUUCCUGACAAGAGGCGGGCGAAGAAUGAAAGCUUAGAUGACCUUCAGGCCUCCACGUACUUCGGCCCCACUCCGGUGAUGGGCACGCAGGAAGCCAGGCGCUGUCCGGGGAGGCCCAGCAAGCAGACCCCCUGGCCAGCCAAGAGCUGGAGCCUCAACACGGAGGAGGUGCCUGACUUCGAGCGAUCCUUCUUCCACAGAAACCCCUCCGAGGAGAAGCUGCGCUAUCCCAGCCCCAGUGGCCAGAACACCAAUUUCCCAGCCCCAGACAGGCGCCCGGCAUACCUGGUACCGAAGGAGCAGCAGCCGGUUCUCCCAGUUGGCUACGCCGCAAAGCCCAACGGGCUCAAGGCUAAAGAGAUCCCGUCUCCUGUCGACCUGGAGAAGCACGAGCCCGUCAAGAAGUUCAAGGACAAGGGCAUCGGGCAGGCCAGUUCCGACACCAGCAGCGUGGGCACGCAGACAGAGCACGUGCUGGAGCCCAAGAAGUGCAAAGACCCGUGCGCCUCGGGGCAGGGCCGGUACGGUGACAGGCACGCCCUGAAGCACUCGGACGACGACUCGGAGAUCGUCAGCGACGACAUCAGCGACAUCUUCCGGUUCCUGGACGACAUGAGCAUCAGCGGCUCCACGGGGGUGAUGCAGUCGUCCUGCUACAACAGCACGGGCUCCCUGUCCCAGCUGCACAAGUCGGACUGCGACAGCUCCCCCGAGCGCAGCCUGGCCAAGAUCGCCAACGGGGUCCCCAACGGCAAGGGCGACAAGGGCAGCCGGCCCGAAAGCCACCACCACUCGGAGGAAGAGCUGAAGACCAGCGUGUGCAGGCUGGUGCUCAGGAUCGGCGAGAUCGAGCGGAAGCUCGAGUCGCUCUCGGGCGUCCGCGAGGAAAUCUCCCAGGUCCUGGGCAAGCUGAACAAACUGGACCAGAAGAUGCAGCAGCCCGAGAAGGUCAGCGUGCAGAUCGACCUGAACUCCCUGACGAGCGAGGGGCCGUCGGACGACAGCGUCUCGCCCCGGAUGUUCCGCGCGCACCACGGCUCCCACGGACCCAAACUGGAGAGCAACGCCGACUGGUGCUGCUCGGACGCCAGCGGGAGCAACAGCGAGAGCCUGCGAGUCAAGGCCUUAAAGAAGAGCUUGUUCACCAGGCCGUCCUCCAGGUCCCUGACGGAGGAGAACAGCGCCACGGAAUCCAAGAUCGCCAGCAUCUCCAACUCGCCCAGAGACUGGCGCACCAUCACGUACACCGGCCGGGCCGGCCUCCACGAGGAUGAGGUCAAAGACCCAGGCCCGGGAGAUGACAAGGACUGGCACCGCAAGUCCAAGGAGGCCGACAGACAGUACGACGUCCCCCCGCAGCACCGACUGCCCAAGCAGCCCAAAGACGGCUUCCUCGUGGAGCAGGUGUUCAGCCCGCACCCCUACCCCGCCUCCCUCAAGGCCCACACGAAGAGCAACCCCCUGUACACGGACAUGCGGCUGACCGAGCUGGCCGAGGUGAAGCGGGGCCAGCCCUCCUGGACCAUCGAGGAGUUUGCGCGCAAUGCCGGCGACAAGGGCAAGCUGACCGCCCUGGACCUGCAGACGCAAGAAUCUUUAAACCCAAACAACUUAGAGUACUGGAUGGAAGAUAUUUACACGCCAGGCUAUGACUCCUUGCUGAAACGUAAAGAAGCUGAAUUCAGACGGGCCAAGGUCUGCAAGAUAGCUGCUCUGAUUGCCGCUGCCGCAUGCACUGUCAUCCUUGUCAUCGUGGUGCCCAUCUGCACAAUGAAAUCGUGAGCUUAGGGACUCCGUAUGUACAGUUUGUGACUACCGACGUCUUCCUCGGUAUUUAAAACCUUGCAUCAGUGUGGCAACAGUUUAUCGACUAAGUUUAUUGAAAUCACGGAGGCCUUUUUGGCCAAUGCUGAUGGUGGUCUUCAGGAACUAGACAUUCUGGGGAGAAAUCUACCUACCUAUUAGCUUUGACUUAUUUACACUCUGAUGCAUUUUUAGAAGUGCAAUAUCUUUUCCUACCAAAAGAAUGUAACGGACUGCCAGUAAAUGCAAAUGGAAUAUUCCAAGCAAAAAAAGAAAAAAAAAAGAUUAAUUGGUUUCUUUCCAUUUUGAUGAAGUUUCAUGGGAGGGAAUAAGU